CGACUCGUCCGAGUCAAAGAAUCGAACUCGGAGUUGCCGUUCCAAUCUACCUACGUAAUAUUCACAUCGUGAUACUCUGACUCACUAUUUUUAGGGCAGAUAAGCAUAUGUGGUGAGGCCUUUGCCUUAGGGCUCUUACCGCUACUAUUCCUAUCCCUUUUAUGCUUUCUCGUCUUCUUCAAUGGCGGUGAAUCGUCAUAUCGAUUGAGGUAAAUAUUUGACCUCACGCGUAUCAUCAAAGAAAUACAGGCUGUUGUCGAUGUAGAUGUAGUUAUUGUCUUUAUGUGUGUAUUUCUUUAUAGAUACUGUAAACCCUAAUGUUGUAUUGACGGGGAUGUUUCCCGAUUGAAUUUAGGUGAUGAUUGAUUUGUUUCAGCACUCAUGCAGUUUUAUUGAAUUGCCCUUUCUCGUUGAAUCUGUUCAUUAUUUUGUGCUUCAGCAUAAAUCCCAAACGGUUGCCGUAAAUUGGUGGACUUUGAAAUACGGAAAGUUUUUUUUUUUUUUAAUUUGCGGUGUGAUUUGGAUUUGGAUUCAAACCUAAUUCGUUUGACACGGUAGCUGCUAUGGGGAAAGUUGAGAGGCGAGGGAGGAAACGCAGAAGAAUAGAUGUGCAGAGCAUAGAGGUGGAUCAUAAUGGAAAGAAACGGAUGGUGAGCACGAGGUCUAAGGUGAUCGUAGGGAGAUAUGUUAGGAAGGAGUUUGAAGGAAGUGGGACGUUUUUGGGAAAGAUAGUUAGUUAUGAUUCUGGAUUGUAUAGGAUAAAUUAUGAAGACGGGGAUUGUGAAGACUUGGAUAGCAAUGAAUUAAAGGAUGUUUUGAUUGAAGAAGAUGCGUUGGAUGGUAUUUGGUUGGAGAGGAAGAAGAUAUUAGAUGAGCUGCCUUUCAACAAGGAGUUGUCUGCUAAUGGUUGCCAUGCUGGAAAUACAAUUCCUUCAAUGAAUUUGAGUGAUGAUAAUGUAUCAGCCACUGAUCCGCACAUGGAGAAAGCAAUUCUUCCUAUGAAUGCAGAUGAUAAUAAGGUGUCAUCCAUUGAUUGUGAUAAUGAUGGUGCAAUUCUUCCCAAGGAAGUAACUGAUACCAAUGUGGCAGCCAUCGAUUUCCAGGAUAAGAAUGCAGUUUUUCCAAUGAAUGUAACUGACAGUAGUAUGACUGUCAAUGAUUGCCAGGUUGAGAAUGCAGUUCUUCCAAUGAAUGUAACUGAUAAUAGUGUGAGUGCCAUUGAUUGCCAAGUUGAGAAUGGUCCCUGUAUAGUUGAAACUGGGCAAGUAGAUUACAGUGCUGAAUCUUUGAGUGAUUUGUCUGAAGAUGAUGAUGCAAUGGAUUUGAUGUCAGAUGUUGUAAUGCCAGCCAUACCUCCCCCUGAACUUCCUCUUUCUUCCGGGAACAUUGGUGUCCCAGAGGAGUAUGUUUCAUAUCUUCUCUCUGUAUAUAGUUUUUUGCGAUCAUUUAGCACACGGUUAUUCUUGAGUCCUUUUGGACUUGAUGAUUUUGUGGGCUCACUCAACUGUCCUACUCCGAAUACAUUAUUUGAUUCUGUUCACGUUGCUUUGAUGAGGGCAUUGAGGCAACAUCUUGAAAAUUUGUCAUUGGAUGGUUCUGAGCUUGCAUCAAAAUGUUUAAGGAACUUGGAUUGGAGUUUGCUUGACACAAUGACUUGGCCAAUUUAUCUGGUCCAGUAUCUAUUGGUGAUGAGAUAUUUGAAUGGACCUGUUUGGAAAGGAUUUGGUGUGCAUAUUUUAGAAAGGGAAUACUAUUCUCUGUCUGCUGGCCAUAAGUUGAUGGUUUUGCAGAUCAUGUGCGAUGAUGUCUUAGAUGCUGAAGAAGUAAGAGCAGAAAUGGACAUGCGCGAAGCGUCAGAGUUAGGAACAGAUUCAGAAGGAGGUGCUCUUGCCCCUAUAACUGGACCAAGAAGGGUUCAUCCUAGGUACUCUAAGACAUCUGCUUUUAAGGAGCAAGAGACUAUAGAUAUCAUUGCUAAAGAUUCUUUGAGUUUAAAAGUUAGCUCAGAUACCGGUAUUGAUGUGGAUCAAGAUGGUAAUGGUGAUGAAUGCCGUCUCUGUGGCAUGGAAGGAAUUCUGCUUUGCUGUGAUGGAUGCCCAUCAUCUUACCAUGCAAGAUGCAUAGGAGUAUGCAAAAUGUAUAUGCGGGAUGAAAACUGGUAUUGUCCUGAAUGCAGAAUUAAUGAACUCAGACCAACACCAAUAAGGGGAACAUCUUUGAAAGGAGCAGUGUUGUUUGGUGUCGAUCCUCACGGACUAAUCUUCAUGGGCAGUUGUGAUCAUUUACUCGUGUUGGAGGACACAAUGAAGUCAGGCUCUUGCUUCAGAUACUACAAUGAAAAUGAUAUUUCAAGAGUACUCCAAGCACUAAAUACAAACAUACAACAUUAUACAGUAUAUUCAGAAAUAUGUAAGGGGAUCAGAGAAUACUGGGGGAUUCCGACCAAUGUCUUACCUCAUAGUGGAGCAGCUGGAAUUGAUACAAGAUUACCAAACAGACCCAAAGAUGAUGGCUGCCCUGUUCCCUCUCUUUCUACAUUAUUGGGAAAGGAAAAUCAUAUCAAUGAGAGUUUUGCAAGUUGUGCCGCUGAGAUAAGCUUAGAAAAUAUACAAUUUCAUAACUAUUCCAAGGAAUUGGUGCUUAAUGAUGGCUCAGAGUUAUCAACAAAGCCUGAAUGUGGCAGUUUCAAUAUAGGACAAGGGAGUGAGCAUAUGACUUCUAUGUCACUUUUAGCUGGCCAGCAGGCUGACCAUUCUAGGCAGACUCAAGAAGACUUCCCAGGUUUGAUAGAAACUACUUCUUGUACCUCAAGAAACAGUAGCAACGACAUAGUGUACAAUAGUGAAUAUUGUGCUGGAGCAUUGGCGCCUGAAUGUGGAGGUUUUCAGGAAAGAUCUGAAAAAAAUCAUAACAAUUAUACCGAUGUGGGAUUGUACAGUGGCUCCUCCUUCAAAGCCAAUGGAUAUUUGAAUUAUUAUCUACAUGGAGAUUUUGCUGCUUCUGCUGCAGCUAGUCUUGCUGUACUUUCUUCUGAGGAGAAUCAGGGUUCUGAGUCUCAUACUUCAGGGAAGCGCCGUAAACUUAUGUCUGUUGAUGUUCUACUACAAACAAAAGCCUUCUCAUCAGUAGCAACCCGUUUUUUCUGGCCCAAUACAGAAAAAAAACUUAUUGAAGUUCCUAGGGAGAGGUGUAGCUGGUGUCUUUCUUGUAAAGCCCCUGUGGCUAGUAAGAAAGCUUGCUUGCUAAAUGCAGCAGCAUCAAAUGCAACUAAGGCGGCCAUGAAGAUACUUGCUACCCUUCGCCCUGGAAAGAGUGGAGAUGGAAACCUUCAUGGUGUUGCCGCGUACAUAAUAUUGAUGGAGGAGAGCUUAAGGGGUUUAAUAGUUGGUCCGUUUCUAAAUGCAGCUUUUAGAAAUCAUUGGCGUAAACAAGCAGAAGAAGCUACAUCUUGCUAUACUAUAAAGUCUCUUCUGCUUGAACUUGAAGAGAACAUCCGCAUGGUUGCUCUUUCUGCUGACUGGGUUAAGCUUGUUGAUGGCUGCUCGUCUGAAUCCUCUGGCAGCCAGACUGCAGCAAGUGUUCCUGGAUCAUCUCAUAAGCGUAAACCAGGUAGACGUGGCAGAAAGCUAUCUGCUGUAGUUGAUGCCAGUGUUGACCAGGGUCAAGAUAAGUCAACAGACUUCACUUGGUGGAGAGGAGGAAGCCUGCUCUCAAAUUAUAUGUUCCAAAGAGGGACAUUGCCUCGAUCUAUGGUGAAGAAAGCAGCACUCAAAGGUGGUAGAAGAAAAAUUCCUGAGAUUUAUUACAGUGAGGGUAGUGAAACACCAAAAAGAAACAGACGGCUGGUAUGGCGAGCUGCAGUCGAGAUGUGUAAGACUGCAUCGCAGCUGGCGCUUCAGGUCAGGUACCUUGAUAUGCAUGUGAGAUGGAGUGAUCUUGUUCGUCCUGAACUGACCCUCCUGGAAGGAAAAGGUGUGGAGACUGAUGCCUCUGCUUUUAGAAAUGCUUUUAUAUGUGAUAAAGGAACAGUUGAGAAUGAGAUAAGAUACAGUGUUGCUUUUAGAAAUCAGAAACAUCUAUCUUCACGAGUCAUGAAGAGUGUUGUUGAGAUAGAGAAAAAGCAGGACGGGAAGGAAGUGCAUUGGUUCUCUGAGUCACGCGUUCCUCUCUAUCUAAUCAAGGAGUAUGAAACUAAGUUAGUUGAAAAUUUUCACUCUGCUUCUGCUGAUAAACCCAUGAAAGCAUUUGCUUCUAAGCGGUCAAGAAAAUGUUCAAGAACAGUUCGUGGAGAUAUAUUCACUUACCUCACAUAUAAAAGAGAUGGUGAAGACAAGCGUUCAUGUGCUUUUUGUCAAGUUGAUGUUUUCUUGAGGAAUGCCAUCAUUUGCGAUGUGUGCCAAGGUCUUUGUCAUGAGCAGUGUACAAUCAUAUCAACAGUAAAUCCAAACAAUGACACUAAAUGUGUAGUAGUCUCUUCUUGCAAACAAUGUCAUCAAAACUAUACUGUCACACAAUGUGCAGCCAGUAAUGAAUCUCCAAACAGCCCUCUUCUCUUGCAAGGGCAAGAAUUUCCAAAUGCUGAUUCAGCCCCUCGCAAAGGUGGAAUGGUUUCUGGCUGUAAGCGUCUUUCUUCAUCAACCCGAAGCAAUCGACGAUCUUCUGAAGUGAAACAAGAUGGAAACUCAAGUUCAAAAGCAAAGAUAAAGACUUGGGGAAUCAUGUGGAGGAAGCCGAAUGCAAUUGACACCGGUAUGGAUUUUAGAAACAAAAGCAUUAUCAGAAAGGGCAGUACUGUAAAUGGGAUUGGACCAUCAUGCCAGCUUUGCCAUAGCAAAUACAAUCCAGACCUGAUGUACAUCCACUGUGAAACUUGCCAACAUUGGUAUCAUGCGGAUGCUGUUGAACUUGAGGAGUCAAAGGUGUGUGAUGUCAUGGGGUUCAAAUGCUGCAGAUGCCGAAGGAUCAGAAUACCAAUAUGCCCUUACUUAGAUCCAGAAAGCAAAAAAUUGCUGAUGGAGAAGAGAACCCGUUCAAAAUCUUCUUCGAGGACUGUAGUAGAUGAUCUUGGAGUAGAUUCUGAUUCCGGGACAAUGAUCUCAUCAGAGCCUUGUACUCCAGUGGUGGCCCCACUCCUAAAGGAUGAGGAAAUACCUGAGGAUGAUGAAUUUAUGUGUUACCUCUCUGCAUUGGAGAAAAAAACCACCAAACAAAACCCAGAAGUAGUUUCUUGGGAAGAAGAAAACACGGUGGCAGCACCUUUAUCUGUUGGGCGAGGUACAAAAAAGCUGCCAAUCAGGCGGCAUGUGAAGCGCGAAGACAACUAUGAUUCUUUUGCUGACAGUAAAGGUAAUAAUGACAAUUCUUCUCCAGUUGAAGAUGGUGUGGUUGUACUUAACUGUGACGGUCUCAGCUAUGAGGAUAUGGAGUUUGAACCUCAGACCUAUUUCUCUUUCAACGAGCUGCUUGAGUUUGAUAUGGGGAAUGCCAUGACGGAGAGGUGGGAUAAUUCAUCCGUGGGGGUCUCACCACUUGAUGAAACUCCACCGAAUGUUGAAUCUUCUCCUAUGACAGUGGCAACUGCUGAAGCUGUUAUCCCGUGUAUGAUGUGCUCACAUACUGACCCCACCCCUACCCUCUUUUGUCAGACCUGUGGAUUAAGGAUCCACGGUCAUUGUUCUCCGUGGGUCGAAGAACCGUCCACUGGAAGCUUCUGGAGAUGUGGUAACUGCCGUGAGUGGAGAUAACAGAACAAGUAGAUGUUUCGGAGGAGACAGUUUUUGUUGCGGGAACAUCACUAUCCGAGUAUGUGAUUAUUAUUAUAAUAGAAAAAUAACUACAUGUUUUGAGGCAGGCUAUUUGGAAGAAAAGUUUAGCUGGCAUGGUUUGUCACAUGAAAGCCCGAUAUGUCCACAUGUUUUAUUAGUUCUAUUCUACCCCUAAGGGUAGUGCCCGUAGACAACGUCACACACUCCCUUUAGGGGUAGCGUAGAAAGACACAACUGUCCUCAUAAACAUGUUACUGUGGUUGUUGGGCCAAAAAGCAGGAUGGUCUUUUGCAGUGUCCUAUGAAUAGCACUAUAGAUUGCCACAGAUGAUCAUUUAUUUUUUGGGCAGGGGAUUGGAGGGGGGUAUUAUAUGGUAUCUGUGGGUGGGUUGUAUGAAGCAGAAAGUUACGUUGGUGGUUUUCUUUUUAUGAUUUAUUUAUUGGCCGGGCCUGUUGCAGUGUUGGAAGUGUCAAGUAUAGAAGAAAAAUCCAGCAGGACUCUUGUUUUUUUCUACAUAUGGAUUGAAUCAAAGCAGUGACAUUUGUUUUUUUUUUUUUUUUGCAGAAAAACCUUUAAUCCACGCCCAAAAUUUUACGAAUCCAAGUGUUGUGCUCUUAAUUGUCUUUGUCAGUGCGUUUUUCUUUAUCG